AUGAAUUCUCCCCCACCCACCAGCUCUAAACCCGGUUCGGUUAAGCGACCUUUGAAUAGCUUUAUGCUGUACCGGCGUGAUCGCCAAUUGGAAAUUCCCACCUCGAACCAUCAAAGUAUAUCUCGAAUUAUUGGCGAAUUGUGGAGAAACGAAAGUGCUCAAGUGAAGCGUUACUACGCUGAGCUGUCCGCCAUGGAGCGGCAAAAGCACAUGCUCCAAAACCCCGAAUACAAGUAUACGCCUAAAAAGCGUGCAUGCCGUAGAUCCAAGCGAAAGGCUGCUACGACAACGACACGCUCGCGUCCUCAGACGGAUUAUGCUAUUCUUCAGCAAAUCUCCACCUACUCUGCUUCCACAGAACAAACUGCUUCUGUCUUGUCUCGAGUUAACGAAGAACGUCUUGCCGCGGGUACUUCCGACACCAAAAUUCCCGUGGAUUUGGCACAGCAGGUUUACAAACUCGCAGAUUAUAAUAUGGAUCUUCACGCAGUAGAUGAAUCCGAUAACGGAUCGACGUCUACUCUCUCCUCGCCCAUGGUUCGAAAUUUAUCGUUGCCUUCCUCUUUGCCAGCUGCUUCUUCUAAUAUCCACCAGAAUUCUACUGAGCCCUUACAAGAUACCCUUACUUUCCAUCGGCAUCCAUUCCCCUUGGCACGAACAAAGUCGUUAUUCCAGCCUCCUACCGAGGCGUGGUUUCCCAACGUUGCACCUCCCUUGAAACGAUCUCUCUCAAUUAAUGACUCAAGAGAUGCCUCUGUUAUACUGUCAAACUCGACCGAGUCCAUUCCAGAUGCGGAUGACGCUUCUAGAGAAUUUUUGACAUCGGGUGAUUCUUAUUCCAUGCAUCAUCAACCAGGGUCCGUAUCCUCCGUAGGCAUGGAUCCCAAAACAAUGGAAGAUCCCUCAUCCAACAACUUGGUAAUGGAAUCCCUAUAUGGAGCGAGAAGGCCUUCCGUGGCCGAUGAAGUUGAUUCUAGUCCCAAAACGCCCCCUCCCACAAACUUGCAUGAACCAAAGAUUGAAUCUGGUAGCUUUGAGACGCCAUCUAGUAUUCGAAAUUUCGCUGUUUCAUCGGUGGGUACCGACAAUGAAGAUCCCUAUGUAACACCAUAUUAUACCCCGAGACCGAAUGCAAAUCGCAUGAAUAGCGUUACGUCUGGCUAUUUUUCAUCUCCAACCUCCAGGUACUCUGUCCUUGAUCCAUUCCAAACGCCCCAGUAUGGUGAUGUGGUGAGAGAAAAGUCUUAUUUAGACGUUGAACCUUUAAUGGGAGACUUGUUUUCAACGAAUACUCUAGAUAAUACAGAGUUGAAUGAUCUAUUUACUCAAAUCCCGAAUCAGAAUUCUCUUCAUGAAACAAGAGAGGAGUAUUCGGAUUUGACUCCUUCUUUAUUGGAGCCUUGGUUGCCCAAUGGAAAGUAA